UCAUUUCAAAAAGAUGCGGCGCACGUGAUGCCCAAUUUUCACGAUUAUUUUUCCAGGAAACGACUUAGGGUUUUUCUUUCCACGUCCACAUUAUCCUAUUCCAGAUUUGAAGAUGUCGGGCUUCAGCUUCUCAUUCGCCGGCGAUGAUAUAGAAAUAGAUUCAACCCAGAACGUGUUUCCAUCUGUCUCUAACCAUGCCGCAGAGACCGGCACCCUAGCACCACGAAAAUCCAGCGGGGCAUUUCCAGUAGCAGGACAGCCUCUUUUACCUCCAACCUAUCACGCGUUAGAAGAUUUACUGAAAACACUACCAUCUCAGAUUGCUUAUUCUACGUUGAUUAUCAAAUUGGAUAGUGGCAAGGAGAUAGGAAUUCCAAGGAGGGAGUUAUGGGACGUUAGAACGCAGUUGAUGGCUGAGGAUGAGGGAAAUGGGGAAAGCUUAUUAGGAUUAGGAAAUGAUGAUGUGAAGACUGGUGUUUAUGAGGGAGGAUUCAAAAGCUGGGAAAGUUCGGUGGAUUUGGUUAAGGUCCUUAGCGGGAGGGUGGCUAUGGGUGAGGGUAGGAGAAGAGUUUUGGAGGUGUGUAUUGUGUUGAUGGGACUUCUGGUGUGGACAAAUAUCAAGUGUAAUUAUACUAAUGACAAUGAUAGCUCGGCUGUGGAACUGCCCUUCCAUCUCUAGCAGUCUUCCAAUGGUUUCUCGGAAACGAAACCUCAUCCGUUCCGGGAUUAGAGCUUGGACUUGCAGACUACAAUCCUACAGUCCUACAGCUCGUCACCUUACCUAAUAUACUUCUUUCCUGGGCACAAGUCACAAAGUCCGAGUCAUGGGAAGCAGAAGGUGAACUCGAUAUCGACGAAGCACUUAUCUCGGAGUUCAUCUCUGCGCUGAAUUCCCGUAAUAUUAACUUAUCAUUUUUCUCAGGUGCUUGGUCCCAGGGUUUUGUAACUUUAGUCAACGAUAAGUUGCAUGUAUCGUGCGAGAACACAAUCAUCAUAGGAGCAGAGACCAUUUACUCUCCUGUUGCUUUGAAAGCUUUCGCUGAGACAUUGAUGGCAUUGCUGGAGUUGAGCACAGGGCCAAAUAAGAGGGCAUUGAUAGGAGCUAAGAAGGUGUAUUUCGGGGUCGGUGGUUCAAUAGAAGAUUUCAUCGAAGAUGUUAUGUCGAAGGGAGCUCUAGUAGAACAGAUCAGGGAAGAGUCCGAUGGGGUCAGAAGAGCCGUUAUAGAAGUCAGAAAAGCUGCCUGAAAUCAAGAUUUUCAAAAUCAUUAAA